AUGCGUAUCCACCUCCCAGAGAAGAUGAGGCUCCGUACAACGACGACAAUGACAGCAAGCAACUUGCCGGCCUGCCAGACCGCCCCCCGGGCAUGGGCUAGCGGCGUCCAAUGGCCAACAUCGACUCCGCACAGGUGCCAAGGGGCAGAGGAGCAACAAGCGAACAGCACGUUAGGGGGUUUGACCGGCAACGUUCAAGUUGGGCUGUCGGAGACAUUCUCAUGUCAUGUCAUGUCAUGUCAUGUCAUGGGGGGUGGGACCUUCGCAGAUUGGACGAUUGAACGACCAGGCUCACAGCGGGUGGGCGGAGAAAAGCAAGCAAGCGAUGACGCUGGACCUGCAGCUGGCCAGCGCGAGGCUGGGAGACGGUGCUGUGUAACUUGGCGCUGUUGA